AUCCCAUGCCCGACAUGGACUGGUAAAUGGACGAGAGGCAGUGGUUCGCCAUAUGAAUAAGCUGUCUUAUCGACUUUCCUCUCCCCUGGGAUAAAUAUGUUAAUCUUAUAUUCUUAUCCCAUAAAUAUAUAAGUCCUAUCCUAAUUAGCGUUCUUUUUUCAUUUUAAAGGCUGCUUCUUUAAUAAUAAGCAAAUCUCUCCCCUCCUGUUCUGUCUGUCUUUGAUAAUUGAAAACAUAUUUUCAAGUUAUCUCCUGGAAUGGAGGGUAUAAAGCAACGGCAUAAAAAUAAGCAACAUAGCAAACAUGUCAAAUCGAAACAUAAAAGGAAGAAGAGAAGUUCUCAGCCUGAUGGACUUUUUGGUAGUGAAACAAGCAGCUGUCCUGUUAAAAAACGUAAAACAGAGCAUGGUGUUUUCGAUCUGAUAUCUUCCAAAAAAUUGAAAAAGCUGAAUCCUGAUUUUUCCAAGGAGUCUGUUGGUGCAAAAACACUUUCAAAUCCUUCGAAUGAAUUUAUUAAUGGUACUGGUAUAAAUCAUAUUCAAUCAUUUCAGUCAGUAAGCCCUUUAAAAAUGGGGAACACUGAAGAUGAUAGUAUCAUGAAAUCUUCAAAAUCCAAUUGUACUUCAAGGUCAAGCAAGAAUCUUGAAGCUUUCUUUAGUCCUACUGAAUAUAGUAAACAUGUACCAAUGACGCUGUUUUCAAAAGUUCACAAAAAAAUGGACUCCAAUUGUGAUAAUGAAGUGAAAGAAUAUGCUUCCCAGUCUGCACAAAAAGCAAAAGAUUUAUCGACUUGGAAUAUCUCACAGGAUAAUUGGAAAUCAGAUAUCAUACCACUGGAACCUCCACCUUCACCAGUUCUAAACUUGACGGAUAUUGAGUUUUCAGAUCCAUUGAUCUCGAAGGGAAAUUGUGAUGCAAUUCCAGAUCAUUCCGAGUGCAACAAUGUCCUAAACAAUAGUUUAAUAAAUGUGGAUACUACAUCUACAGAAGAUCUUACCUCAGAUUCAUGUUUGAAAAUUACUAAAGUUUGGUCCUUGUUUACAAAUGAUGCAUCAAGAAAGAAUGAAACUAUGGAUGAACCAAUUAAAGAUUCUCCGGUGCGGAAGAUGACAUUGAUCGGUAGUUUAAAAAAGGAAAACAAAUGCGCACGGGUCAACUCGAAUACACAAGAUGUUGCUGCAGGGAACUCGCUAUCAGCUUAUUCAGAACAUGAUGAUCAGGAAUCCAUGAUAUCCGCUUUUACUCAAUCUACCUCAAAUUAUAAUAGAUCUUUAAAAUAUAAGCAAAAAAAGAAGUUCCGUCAACCCAAAUUGACAAAAGAUGGAAAAAUAGGACGAAGGAAAAAACAUAAGCAGAUAAUAAAAUUGCCUAAAAAAACACGUAGACAUACAAGUACAACAAAAGAAAUAGAUUUCGAAGAACCUAUUGAAUUAAUUGUAAAUCACCAGAACAGUGUUAUGAAAAAUAACACAGAAUCAAUAAAUGUAACAGGCACGAAUGAGCUUGACAAAGUUGAUAUCGAAAGCAUGGUUUUAGAGGUUGACAAUGCAGCGUCAUUCAGUCGUAAAGCUUGCGAUCAUGUUGAGAAAUCUAUCAACAAGGUGGCUUAUAAUGUUAUCGAUUCCCCAAAAAACAAGAUUCAGUCAAUAGCAACCGAUAAUAGGUUACAAAAAGUGCGUCUUCAUAAUCAGUCAAUGGGAAAACCAGUUGUGGUCCUUUCAGAUGUAUUGUUAAAUAUGACAUCGUCUGAGAAAACUGCGUUAAAACCUGAAAAUGAUGUUGUGAUUUCGAAUGACAAAAAGACAAAGUUUUCCAGCGAAAAUGUCAGUGUUAAAAAAACAAGACAAAGAUUAUCAAGUCAACAAAGCAAACUUCAUAUAGCGAAUGAGUUUUUUAAACCUGACGCAUCGUAUUCAUCUAGGAAGUGUCGAACUUCCAAAUACAUCCGAUUAAAAAAACUAAAAGAUUAUAAUGAAAUUGUUAUAACUAUUGAAAGUGUGUUGGAAAAGAAGCAUGAUUCAGAUUUGCCAAGACAUUAUAAUUUUUUCAAUGCGGCAUCACUUCGUGCAUUAAUAAGCGCAUUUGAAUAUUGCAAGAAACAUAGAAAUUGCAAGGCUGUCCUAGUUUCAUCAGUUGGACCAAUAUUUUGUUCUGGUCUAAAUCCCCAACAUUUGUUAGAUUGGACAACUGAAAAAAAUCCAUCUGAGGAUAUUAUUUUUCAAAUGGAGAGAUUGGUUGAAGUUUUGGCUAACUUUGACAAACCUAUAGUAGGUGCAGUGCAAGGUCCUGCCAUUGGUUUUGGUGCAUCAAUUUUGCUUUUUUGCGAUAGCAUUUACGCCAGUAAAAGAGCAUGUUUCCAAUGGCCAGGAAUCAAAAUAGGACUACCCUCAUUUGGUUGUACAUCUUCGUUUUUACCCAAGUCAGUUGGUAUUCAUCGUGCCAAAGCCCUUUUAAUGGAAGGAAUACAGAUCACUGCUACAGAAGCCAAGAUUUUUGGGCUUGUGAAUGAGGUUUUUCCUCAUGAUACUUUCAUGCAAUAUGCAGUGACAGCAUGCCAAAGUAUGAUUAUGUCAAAUGCUGCAUCCCUUCAUUUCAUGAAACAGUCAUUGAACCCUUGCGAUACAAAACAACUUCUAAAAUGCAAUACAGAAGAAUCUGCCAGACUCAGAGAUUAUCUGGGAUCUAUAAAAAUCCGAUCACAACUGGGAGUUUAUAUUUCAUUAAUAGAGUUCAACUUGGCUUGAUGUUUUAUUGUUUCUAGGGGAUAACAAAAUUUUAUAGCAUAAAUUUUAAUUGAGGGAAUUGGUCCCUUUUUAUUCUGUUUUAUUAUUUCAGUUUGUUUUCCUUUAUAACAUAUGCUGAAUAUCGUUUUAGCUUGAUAUAUUGAUGCUGCCAAGGUCUGUCUGUGAAUGUUGGUACUGCUUUAAAGUUAUUUAUAUUUAAAAAAAAUUUUGAUUUAUUCUAAUUUUAGUGUUGUCUUCAAAUUCUUACCUUUCUUUGUAAUCUUUUCAUGAGAGCUUAAGUACAUUUCUAGGUAUUGCAACCCAUUUACCCCCAUUAUUAAUGGAUUUCCGUAUUUUUCCCUCAAUUUCAGGAGAUGAAAUUAAAUUUCAUUAUGUUUCAAAAAAAAAAUCAUUGUGAAAACUGAUCUAUUAACUCUUUAUCACCUAUGAGUGCAGCUGCUCUAUUUCAAUGCGUUCUUUUUCACACCAUUAUUCGAGCCAUUUACACUCAUAUUCUGAACUUUGUUUUUAGAAUCUUGUUCUAUUUAAAACUGUGAUACAUAUGUAUUAUUUCAAAAAUUGCCUGAUUCGCGUGAAUGUGCCACAUGCUCAAUGUUAUUUUUGAAAUAGUGUUCACAUUAGUUCUGUUUCUCAGGGCAUAAG